CAACAAAGGACUAAAGAAAAGAGUUGAGCCUGUGACGGAUCAACAGCCCAUGAGUUUCGGCAACCUUUUAACGUUCCAAGGUUAUGUAAAUUUUCCAUAACGUAUUGAAACUUCCUAGCUACUUUCGCUGAGCAGAAACUGAAGGCAAACUAAAAUCCACGUCUAGAAAACACUUUCAUGGUCAACAACAAACGGAUAUGAUCUAAGUUUUUAAUGCAAACUGUGUUAAAGGAUGAGUGUGGACAUCGAUACAGAAGUCAUUGUUUCCGUACCAGAUUCCCCUAUCAUCCAGCUUUCCAACACAAAACUGCUGGAAGAUAAAGAUGAUUAUAAUACAUCUGAUGUCCUACUGGAACUCAAGGAAAUUCCAUAUGUUGACUGUGAUAUAAAAAAUGAAGAGCCCCAUGAAACAGAUGUGCUGUUGGAUUCUGAGGGGGCAUGUGCUUUGAAUACAGAAAACACAGCUGAAAUUGUUCGGGAUGAAUCAGAUCUCAACCGCUUGUGCCAUGAAUUGAAGAAGAAACGUGGAUCCACCAUUGAUGUGGUUAACUGUGAUGAUACCACUGAGUCAAGUGAUUCAGGCAGCGUAGAUCAAUUAUCACUUCAGGAGUUACCUGGAGGUCAAUUGACCAUUUCAAAAAAUGCUGAUGCAGAAGAUACUGCUAUUGAAAUUGAGGAAGAUAACGAGCUGUUUGAUUUUCGGGAGAUGGCUGCUGGUGCGAUGCGCCACGCAGAGGAAUUAGUUCGGCGAAUGCUUUUGCACGUCUCGUGGACUAUUUGCCAUUUCCACGCUCUUCCCAAAUGGCUUCAGGAUAAUGACUUUAUAUGGCAGGGAUAUAGACCACCCCUACCUUCAUUCUGGGAUUGCAUCAAAAGCAUCUUUAGCAUUCAUACAGAAACAGGCAAUAUAUGGACCCACAUGCUUGGUUGCAUUGCCUUCCUGGGCGUUGGCGCAUUCUUCCUCAGUUGCUCUGAAGAAGAGAUACGCAACGAGGACAAGCUAGUCUUCACCGCUUUCUUUACGGGGGCCUGCGUUUGCCUCGGUCUUUCCACCUGUUUUCACACGUUCCUCUGUCAUUCAGAGUGGGCUGGUCAACUGUUCAGCAAACUGGACUACGUUGGUAUAGCGCUGUUGAUCAUGGGUUCUUUCGUCCCAUGGUUGUAUUACAGCUUUUACUGCGACUUCUGGCCACGUAUUGUGUAUGUCUGCGUUGAGAUCGUCCUUGGUCUCUCGUCCAUCAUCAUUUCGCUAUGGCCUAGAUUCGGAGAACCAAGAUAUAGAUUCCUUCGAGCAGGAGUAUUUCUGUGCUUCGGAUUGAGUGGAGUUGUUCCGGCUGUUCACUAUUCAGUGCAAGAGGGCUGGCUGAAAGCCCUAAAUCAGGCUUCGCUGGGCUGGCUUAUCUUGAUGGGUCUACUCUACAUCCUGGGCACCAUGUUCUACGCCUUGCGAAUUCCCGAACGCUUUUUCCCGGGAAAAUUUGAUAUUUGGUUCCAAAGCCAUCAAAUCUUUCACGUUUUCGUGGUAGCUGCAGCCUUUGUCCACUAUCAUGGAAUUUCCGAGAUGGCUAUGCAUCGGCUGACUAUAGGAGAAUGUCCUCCACCACCUGUCGGCGAAUUGCGUUUUUAGUUCCCACAAGAAUACAUCAAGCGCGUCAAUACCAACUGUGGAUUAGUGUACAACUAAAGUUUCUUAAAAUGUAGAGUUAUUUUAAGGUUCAACGUUUUCUCGGUUUACGUAGCUCACCAUCGUUCGGAAACUUGUCUCAACUUUUUUACCAUUGCCAUUACUACUUAAAACAGUGAAGAUAUUCGUUAUUUUGAGAUCUGAUUCGAUGGUGUUAGUAUCAUUUAAAAUGGCAAUUCGGCAUGGAUUUUGUACAAACGUUACUCUUUUACGUUAUUUAGAAUUUCCUUCUUUUAGCUACUUCUUGUUUUGCCUAUCGUUGGCUCUAUUUGUGUUAUUUUAGAACACCCAUUAUUGGUUAGCCCAGCACAUAAAAUAUACUCCCCCAUUUGAGCCGGUGUUACCUCGGAAUGGGAAUUCCGACAGCAAAUACCAUAUCUUUUAAGAGAAGCUGAAAAUAUAUAUACUAUCAGAAAUACAUGUGUUGAUUACGUGUCAAACGAA